CUCUGUCACUCAUGAGAUGCUCCAUCACUCAGGAGACAACGCUUCAUCACUUGUGAGGUGCUCUACCACCCGUGAGACAACACUCCAUCACUCUUGAGAUGCUCCAUCACUUGUGAGAUGCUCCACCACUUGUGAGACAAUACUCUGUCACUCAUGAGAUGCUCCAUCACUCGCAACAGACUCCAUCUCCCGUGAAAUGCUCCACCACCUGUGAGACGCUCCACCACCUGUGAGGUGCUGCACCACUUGUGAAAUGACGCUCUGUCACGGUUGAGGUGCUCCACCACUCGUGCAAUAACACUGCAUCAACUCGUGAGUUGCUCCAUCGCUCACAAGACGCUCCACCACUCCUCACAGGCAGCUCCCCGGUCACCGUGGGGAAGGAACAAGGGGCUACGUGGCUCUGCCAAGGGGCAGCAUGCUUGGGGUGCUGGGAUGCAGUUUGUGGAGCAGCUGGUGGAUCCAGCCGGUGGUUCCUGGCCUCCUGCCGCCCGGGGGAUGGCAGGGCCGGCUCUGGGCACUGACGUACGUUUGUGACGAUGUGAGCAAUAACAAAGUUCUUCAUCUGGCCGCCCGCAGCUCUGGCUGUACCGCCCCUGCGGGGAGGGGUAUGGCCCUCGCCGGUCCCCUGGGGGCCGUGGGAAGCGCCGGCUCCUGUGCUGCGCAGAGAGGAGCCGCAGACACCGCUGGGACUGCAGACCAGGCAUGACCACGCUUGGCAUGGGGCUCCGGCUCCCGCUGCGCCGGAGCGCCAGCUUCACCCCCGACCACCCUGCCCUCAUGGAGGUGCCUGGCCCCACCGCCCUGAAGGUGGAAGCAAACGUCCUCGUUAUGGGAGCGGACAACGUGGGGAAAUCAGCUCUGACUGUGCGUUUCCUCACUCGGCGCUUUAUCGGGGAGUACGGAGACAUGGAAUUCAUCUACAGCCACAACCUGACCGUGGAUGGCCGAGAGAUUCUCUUCCAUAUCUGGGACGUCCCCAAUUCCCAGGAGCAUGCAGAGGAGGGCUCCUCGGAGGAGAAGCGAAUCCAGUGGGCAGACAGCUUUGUCCUGGUCUACAGCAUCUGUGACCGUGCCAGCUUCAACAUCCUGCCUCUCAAAAUCCAGUUCAUCAAGGCGGCCAAGGAGGGGCAGAAUCAGGAGAAGGUGCCCAUCGUGAUUGUGGGCAACAAACGGGACCUGCACCACCAACGAGUGGUGUCCAGCGAGGAGGGCCGGCUCCUGGCCCUCUCUUUAGACUGUGGUUUCUACGAGGUCUCUGCAGCUGAGGCUUAUCAUGGGGCCCUCAUGGUCUUCCACGGACUGGCCGAGCGCAUCCCUGACACCAAACUGGCGCUGAAAAAGGGUACGGGGAUUCGUGGCAUCGUCAAGACCGUGUCGGCCGUGUUUGCCCGUAAGCGAACGGACUCCCUCUGACCUAUGGCAUGGGUGUUGCUUCUCUCUGUGCUGCCCGGCUGGACCAAGCCUCCUCCCUGCGUGCCCGUGGAGAUGGUGUGUGUGUUUCCCUAUGUACGAUGGGUCCUUCUCACGUUGGGGUCUGGGUGUCCUGCCACACACAGACAGUGCUGUGGACUGUAGUGCCUUCCUCUUGGCUCCAUGAUGGGACAGAAUCUCUACUCUUUGCUGUGCCAGCUUUUUAGGUGCCUCCUGCUUUCUCCUUCCAUCCUCCAACACUGGAAACCACCAGGUGAUUUUGCCACCGCUCCAGGCAGCAUCAUCCCCAGCUCCUUCAGCAGGAGCUGCCUGUGCUGGUGGUGAGCAGGGAGGACAUGCUGCUUCUGCCUGGCUGCCUGGCUCCUCAUCCUUCUGCUCCUACCCUGGCAUCCUUAUUCCUGUUGAACACUCAUCAGGGUCCUCUCUGGUAACCCUGGAGCAUCUGUGAGCUGACAAGGUGGGGGUCUCUCUGCCAGGUUCCCACAUGUGGAUCACCAUGUCUGAGUGUCCCGGAGCCCAAGGCACUGGCCAACCCUGGAAAACCUUGGUGAGGGCUGACACCUCCCAUCCCACCCACCUUGCUUUAGAACCAUUGUGUCCCUGGUCCUUUCUCCUACAGCUUCCAGCGAUUGCAGCUGUUUCCCUUGUCCAAGCAUGGGAAAAACCAGGCGUGUGGCUCGUUCCCAGGAUGGGGAAUCGCACCAUACGCCUUCCCGAGCCACUCCUUCCGUAAGGCUGCCUGUCCCGGGGGAGGGAGGGAGGUGGGAAAAGGGGUUGUCGGGCUCAUCACUGAACCCUUCUGCUGCUGGGAGGUUUGUCUCUGCCUCUCCCCAGACCCUUCCCCUGGUGUGCCUGGGAAAGCAGCGUGUUGGAAGAGGGUUUGUGUGCAGCACGGACCCUGAUUUCUCUGCUGUGUUCUUCUGGAAAUGCAAUAAAUUGUC